AUGAAUUCUUCUCUCAAACUUGGAAGUGGUUCUACUUCUACCAGACAGAAUUAUGCAGGAAAACAUCCCUAUUUACAGAAUCACAUGCCUACCCAAGGUCCUGGGGGUGGUCUGCUUUCACAAAACCAGAGGACAGCAAUUCCUCAAGUAUCUUGGGUUAGUAGUGGUCAAGGUGUAACAGAUCUCCCAUUCCCAAAAAGGCUGGGAGUUGAGUUUAAUGGGAGAGAUAGCCCUCAAUCUGCUGAGAGACAAAUAAGCUUGCAGACAACUAGUGCAGGUCAAAGUCAAACACGUCAGUAUCCAGAUAAUGUUGUUCGACCUUCUAUUGCACCUGUGAGUUAUCCGAUGAAUCCUCAAGGUCCCCGUUUCAGUCAUGGCCAAUCUCAAAUGGUUCAGCUUCCUAACAAUCCUAGAGGACAAGCUCCUACAACUUCUGUUGAUGGUCUCUCUAAUAAUUUUGAGUAUUAUGCGAGACCAUAUCACAAGAGAAGUGCAGUGGCCCCACCUUCAGGCGCCCAUUGGGUUCAACGCCAGAAGAUGUCACAUCCAACAACUACUCAUCAUUCAAUGCCAAUCCGAUUCCCCACAAAACCAGCUGCUUCUGUAACAGCCAAUCUUGCUCAUCCUUCCAUACCAAUCUACCAAUCACAAUCAGAGACUCAACAACAUGUUCGUGCUCUUAUGAAUCCAUCUAUACCUUACACAUCAAAUUUUAGACCUCGUGUUCCUGUGACAGCUGCUCCUAGUCCUACAGUCUCUCAUAUUACAUGGAAAGAUCCUGAGACAAGUCCUCCUGAAUUGACAAAAUAUAAAUGCUUGCUAUGCAAGAGGGAUCUUUCAUUAACAUCAGAAGGUGCAGUAUACCAGCCUACAGCACCACCAGCAGUUGCUGUUCUUCCUUGUGGCCAUACUUUUCAUGAUCAAUGUUUGCAAAAAAUCACUCCUCAAGACCAAGCAAAAGAUCCGCCUUGCAUUCCUUGCGCCAUUGGUGAAAAUUAGGUCCCAUCUCUAUUCUCUAACCCUACUUUUUAUGGGUCCUUAUAUAAAUAUAUACAUAUUAAACGUAUAGAUAGAUGAUGAUAUUUGAGAUCAAUUGGAUGAUUUUUGUUCUAAUCACAUAACUCAAAACUCUGCUAAACUGGUAGAGAACUGAAAAGAUUUGAUUUAGAC